GCUAAACGUAUGAACCGUAACAAGUGUAAGAGUCUCGGUCUCUCAAAGAAAGAGCUCCUGAAAUGGUGAUACUCUAAUGCCAGAAGCUACCAACGUUCGCUUUUAAACCAACCCUCAUUAGUCCAUCACUGGAUCUUCCAAAUUCAUUGGAGCACAAAAGACAUUUACACAGAGAGAGGGAUUUCUCUUAACACUCAAGAGAGAGCGACAAAUUGCAGUUUCCAUUAAAGAAAACCAACCAACCAAUCAAUCAAUCAGAAAACUCUACAAAAAAUUAAAGCUUCCAAUAAACAAUGUUGCCCCUUUUACUUGAGUUAAUUAUGUGUUGCGUGAUUUCUUUUGCUCAUGGAAUUUAUUUGCAGUGCUGGUUUUAUCAGGAUGGGCAAUGCUAAUGGCAGAAGCGAUGAAGAAGGCACUUCAGGAGAGAGUUAUGAGCAGGACCAUAUGGAGUGUGCCGCACACGAUAGGGCUGGCUAUCAUGUCUCGGGGCAGUAUGCUGAGGCAGAGCCCAUGGCGAACUCCCCUCCCAGUAGUCCUCGGAGAUACCUGCAGCCUCCUCCCGCUUUCAAUCCACAGGUUCCCAUCGUUCCUCUGCCAAGACCUACUGAAAUGAUGCAUGUCCAGAAUUAUGCAUUGGCACACAAUGUGACAGAUUCCAGGGAUGCAUUCAGUAAGAAACUGAGUGCUGUGAUGAUAACAUGGAGUUAUGGUGGCAAGCAAAUAGCUGUCACUGGAUCAUGGGAUAAUUGGGACAAAAGAGAACAUUUGCAUAAGGUGGGAAAAGAUUUUGUUAUUUUGAAGAUGCUACCUGCAGGUGUUUUUCACUACCGCUUUAUUGUUGAUGAGCAAUUGAUGUAUGCUUCAGACUUGCCCUGGGAAUGUGAUGAUUCAGGGACCGCAUACAAUAUUUUGGAUGUAGAGGAGGAUGUUCCAGAAGCUCCUGAAAGGCUGUCGGAGUUUGAAACUCCUCCAUCCCCAGUAACAAGCUACGAUAAUGAGUCCUUGGAUGACUACGAUUUCAGUAAGCAGCCUCCUGAUAGACCUCCCCAACUUCAACUAACAUUGUUGAACGACCGAUCUUCUGCUGUAGAAAGUCACCAGUCUCUGCCAAGGCCUAGGCAUGCAGUGUUGAACCAUCUUUACAUUCAGAAUAAUCGAGGUCAGCCUGUUGCACUUGGCUCAACCCAUCGCUUUCUCCAAAAAUAUGUGACUGUAGUCCUAUACAAGCCCACACGGCAAUAAAAAAUAACAGCAUAUUCUUCCAAUGUCAUAGCUGAAUUUAUAAUAUUAUAGUUAGUGAAAAUAGUAGAAAAUGUGUAAGCAUAGGAAAAGGUUGGAGCAUUUGCUGCAAACUUCUAUAUAUUAUAUUUGCUUGCUUUUCUUUAACAUGAUAUUACUGCUCUUUUUGGCAAUUGUAAGCCUUGCUUCCCCUCUUGAACACAAUGUGGAGUGUUGAUUCUGUUGAAUAAGCAAUGUUUAUCUGCUGCUUCCUUUUCCUUC